ACCAUCACUGCAUCACGGAUCCAGCUUUCCUCGAAGCAGCAACGUGUCGGCAACACAUGGUGCAUGGGAAUAAGAGGAUCGCGCCCCAUACAUAAGUUUCUUCGUAUAGAGACCAAAAAAUUGUAACAUAGUGACGAAUAUGAAGCCUACCACGAACCAAGCGGCGACAUUGCAAUCACCUCGAAAGUCCCAGAAGGUACCAACGUUCAACAAGGACAACAGUACCCAGACAACACUCCUGACGCACUACAUGGACCUUGCCCAAUCAUUUCGGGUCAGCUCAAUCGAACCACAGAGUCCCCACAAACUUGACCGGAUCAAGAAGGGUCUCGAGGAGGAUCGUGGAUACCUGUCGGAUGGCGGCAAAGUUAGUAUUACCCCUACAAGCCCUGCACUGCCGCCCCGAACGCCACGUGGGCUGCAUCCCCCUCAUGCAUCGUCGGUGAAACGUCCAUCAACAUCUCCUCAGUCAUCCCCACUUGCUACCCGACCAACUCCGCCUUCCAGCGCGACACCCUCAAAUGGGAAGCCUAUUCUUUUCUAUCAUGCCCACGACCCAUACUAUGGGUUCACCAAUUUCUCAUCCGACCCCAUUGAUUACAAUGGAAAGAAAUACCCCACGAGUGAACACCUCUUCCAGUCGCUGAAGUUCAUGGAACGCCGCCCCGAUCUCGCAGAGCACAUCAGGACGUGUUCCACGCGUCCGCGUGUGGUAUUUGACGAAGCCCACAGGUUCAGUCCCGAAGUGCGAUCUGACUGGCUGCAAGUGAGGAUUGAGAUGGUGAGAAUAAGUAUCGACUGCAAUUGGGUUCAGCUGACGACACAAAUGAUCAGAUGGACUUUGUUCUCUGGCAUAAAUUCUCGCAGAACAGACAUCUGAAGGAAGAACUACUCUCUACUGGAGAUGCAGAACUUGUUGAGGAUUCUGAUAAAGACUCAUUUUGGGGUAUUGGAGUAGACCGAAAAGGCCAAAACCAGUUGGGCAAGGCUUUGGUGAGGCUUAGGACCAAGUUGAGGGACGAGCAGAAUAAUAGUGCAGGAAGCAAAGCUUUGACACUUUUGAGGAAGA